UUAAAACUUCUCUUAUCAUACAAGUGCUUUAAGUUCAGUAGAUGCAGAUGGGAAAACAGCACCUGUGUGGAUGGAGGUGGGAGACACAAACACUGCCAGUGCUGUGGUCUCACACUCUAGUGCCAUAUGAGAGUGGUCAUUUAACUGCAGCAACACCACCUCUCCCCUCCUCCCAGAAUGCUUUUUCCAGAGGUGGUGUCUUAUUUUGCUGGUAAUAAGUGUUGGAGCAGACCUGUCUUCUGGUGACCUUUGGAAAUUCACUCUCUGCUUUAGGCCUAUUUUUUCUUUUUUUUGAGAAUUCUGAGGGCUUUAUCCAAGGAAAAUGCAAACCAAAUCCCAGUCAAGCUCAGGAGUGGGUUGGUCUUGAUUAAAAACCCUCUUGUUUUCUUCUGGAUUCUGUUCAAGCUCGAACUUGAAUGAGUCUUGUGCAGUUGAUGAGAUCAAGCCAUUAUCUAAAAAGCAGGUUUUUUGUCUGUUAAGAGUGUUUGGUAAAUGCAGUGAUGGUGGAGUUUCUGUGCCUUUUCUGUGCUGCUGCUGUCUCUGCCCUGGGUCCCAGCAGCCGUGGGUUGGUUGCCUUGGAUAAAGUAGGCUGACCCAAAGCUGUGUGGGAGUGCUCAGUCUAAGAGCCUAUUUUAUUCCCUCCUUUGGUUCUUUUCUCCUUCCCAGCCCUUCAGUGGCUGUUUUCUUUGUCUCACUUAUUUUCCUGUAACGUGCAAUAACCAUUUUGUGACCUCCCUAAACUGUCCUUCCUGGUCUGGUUUUGCUCGGGAAGGAUCAGUCACUGGAUUCCAUGGAACACUUGCCCAAGGUUUGCUUAGGGGUCUUCUAGCUGAGGUGUUCCAGAUGCUUGGGAAUUAUUAACUUAUUCUAACCCUCCAUUUUAUUACUUAUCUUCAUUCUAAUCCCUCUUACCGUUUUGACUCUGUUUCCUCCCCUCCCUAUUAAUAUUUUCCUGGAAUGCCUGGUUUCCCCAACACAACAUCAGGUGACUCGGCAGCCUCAUGCUGGGAAGUGUUGCUGAUAGGGGCAGGUUUAGGGCAGCUCAAAGGAAGGAAGCUUAGUGUGUGUUGUGUUCUGCUUGGCACCACUCACCUGUUUGACAGGGGGGUGUUUGACGUGCUGUUAAAUGUUAAGGACUUGUUUUUCUCCGUGUGUUUCACAGCGAGGACGUCACAGUGUCGAUGGACUCAGGGCCAGGGAUCAAUGGGUUUAUUCAGCCUGUUCUCCCUCUGGUGUGUGUUUCCACCUCGUGGCAGUGGGUGUAUCACUUGAUACCAGUGCAGGUUCUCUGAUUAGCUGCCUUGGCUGAAGGGCAGACGUUUCCUUCUCGCUCUUGGCGAGCGCAGUCAUUAAAUUCUCUUGGAAUUGGUACCAUCUGCGUAUUGCAAAGCUGUAAAGUGAAACCUGAGGUAGUGCUUAACUCUCAUGGGAGUCGAGAUCAUAACCAAGCAGGGGGAAAAAAAAAAACCAAACCUGGAAUGAGCACCUGAAGUCUGAUGCAAGCUGUGAGCUGUGUGCUAAAGGAAACCAGUAUCGGGGGGGGUUUGCUCUCAAAUAAUGGUUUGCCAUGUUGAAUGAUGUCAAGCCAGGUGCUACGCCAGAAAUUCGUUAUUCAUGUAAAGAAAUCAAAACAUUGUUAUUCAAGGACUCCUAUGCUAAAUAAAAGAGUAUUGUUCUGAUUUCUGAAUGCUUCUUUGCACUGUGUGUGAGCAGUUGCUAAACUUCCUCCACAUGGGCAGGAAGCGUAGCUUUCCUCGCUUUGUUUUGUGUGGUCUUAUCCACCUUCUGCAGAACAAAACAGGGUUGGAAAACAACAGUUGUGUACAAUCCUGCCAUGUGCACUUCAUUCAAAAGCUGCAAAAUUUUCUAGCACUUAGUUUGUUUCCAGCUCUCACAUCCCUCCACAUGGCACAGCACCCUGGAUGAGGAGACCUUUAAAAAUGUCUCGUGUUGAGUAUCAUGAAGCGCUGUGUGGUGCUGCGGUUCCUCAAGUCUCCCCCCAACCAGACCAAGACUUCAGAGGAAAUACUACACCAUCUGCAAAACAUCGUGGACUUUGGAAAACAUGUGAUGAAGCAGUUCUUUGGGGAGAACUACGUUCACCACGGGGAAAUUAUUCAACUGCCUUUAGACUUUGUAAGACAGCUGUGUUUGAAAAUCCAGCCAGAGAGGCCAGAGUGUCGCUGUGACAAGGACAUGGACACGCUGAGUGGGUUCGCGAUGUGCCUUCCCAACCUCACGAGGCCGCAGAGCUACCGCCUGGCCGAGCACCGGCCCCUGCUCUGCAUCGAGAUCAAGCCAAAGUGUGGCUUCAUUCCUUUCUCCAGCCAUGUUUCACAGGAGAUAAAGCACAAGGUGUGUCGUUACUGUAUGCAUCAGCAUCUAAAGGUAGCAAACGGGAAAUGGAAGCGACCCAGUAAAUACUGCCCGUUGGAUCUCUUCUCAGGAAACAAACAGAGAAUGCACUUUGCUUUGAAGAGCUUAUUACAGGAGGCACAGAACAACUUGAAAAUAUUUAAGAAUGGUGAACUAAUUUAUGGCUGUAAGGAUGACCAGGACUCUGUCUCUGACUGGAACGAACUCGCUCGUCACUUAAAACCUUUCUUUUUCCCCUCCAACGGGCUGGUGAGUGGCCCCCACUGCACAAGGACAAUUGUUAAAGAACUGAUCCAGGUGAUAACCAUGACGCUACUGAGUAGCACCGACACCUGCAGGGCGGGUGACAUGAAGACAGUGCCCGUCUCACAGGGACGAAGCUACUGUGAAGCAAGUGCUUUCAAUAAGGAGCUGGUUAGAAAUGGUAAACACAAAUUGGAAAGCUCUGGCUUACCGAGGGGUUGUCUCCUUUAUAAAACCCUUCAGGCUCAGAUGCUUGACAUGCUGGAUAUUGAAGGACUCUAUCCUUUGUACAGUAGAGUUGAACAGUACUUGGAGGAAUUUCCUGAAGAGAGAAGUACAUUACAGAUAGAUGGACCUUACAACGAAGCGUUUUAUGAGAAGCUGCUGGAUCUUUCCCCGGAGGACGACGGGACGGUGGCGUUCGCGUUAACAAAGGUGCAGCAGUACAGAAUAGCCAUGACUGCUAAAGACUGCUCCAUCAUGAUUGCCCUUUCCCCCUGUCUGCAAGAUGAGUGCUCUGAGCAAAGAUCUGUGGUACUGGCAUCCAAAUCCAGAUUCACCUUUUCCGUCUCUGUGCUGGACCUGGACCUGAAGCCCUAUGAGAGCAUUCCCCACCAGUACAAACUGGAUGGGGAGAUAGUCAACUAUUACCUGAAGAAUGUACAGGCCAAAGAAGACCCUGUUAUGUCCAACCUCUUCAAAGAGAAUGAAGACUGCACAUUAGUUCUCCACAAAGUGUAACCAUUUCCUUGAGGUUAUUUUUAUUCAAACACAUUAGAAAGUGAAAGAGUAAUGGAAUACAGUUAUGGUGAUUUUUUUUUUUUCUUUUCUGUUGUGUUCAGUGCAUUUUUCAGCUGUGAAUGUUUUUGCUUUAUGAAAUGAUUUUUAAUGGGUGAUGCCUUCUCAGAGCCCUGGGAGAGCAUUUGCUAGAUAACCUUAAUGAAUGUAUUUAAUGUGACGGAACAGGUAACGUGCCAUACCUUGGAACUAGAGGACAGAGCAAAUUAAUACAAAAAAGUCUACUUAGAAUUGAAAGAGCACAGUUUUAAAGGUUUCCUGAAGUAUUGCACUAACAUAGAGAGCCUAAUUACUAACAAGAGAAUUGCCUUGGAGCCUGUGCUUUGAGCCUCACUCAUCCUUCCUGGAGGAGGGAAUGCUCUGGCAAAUCCUGAUACAUUUUAGCAUUAAUCCACUGAAAACACAACUGUGCAGUGGCUGAUCUGUGGAACUGCCCUGUCACUGCAGAACACUUAAGUACUAAAUGCAUGGAUUAGGAACACCAGGCUGCCCCCAGAAGUUUUGUGAUCAUCUUGUAUCUACCUAAAGCUUCUGAAAUGAAGUGCAAAGGGUAAACACCUCUGAGUUUUAUGUCAUGGCUGGGCUUAACUCUCCUGGUUUUUAUUGUCCCUACAUGAUAUGCUGCUAUUGAAGGUGAAGCCACAGCCCGCUCUCACCUAAUUUAAACUGAGCUACAAGAAGAAUUUAUGAGUUUUACAGAUCAUUUCAGGUCCUUCAGAUGGUGUCAGACAUCGGCAUUAUUACACUGAUGCCCCACACACUGUGCAGCACGAGCAGCUGCUUUCAGGCUCCUUCAUUUUAAGAAGUGACACAGAAAAGAGGUGACAGCAUCUCAUUUUCUUCCCUGAAGCUGCGGUCUCAUGACGAGGUGAGCUUGUGUGAUUUUUGUGAUGGCUUUACUUUGUAAGCAGUGCUAUGUGCAGCUGACGUCUGGUGAGGGGCUGCAGUAAAGCCAUCCUUGGGCAAGAUCCUGAGUUGGAGAGUGGGGAUAUAUCCAAAACUGAGGGUACUAUGAUGAACUCUACAGCCCCUUUCCCCUCAGGGAUUGCACAGCCUGAAAGGUGCAGAGAUGCUCCUCAAGCCCCAGGCUGUGACCUGUGUGCAGCCUGUGCUCAGGAUUAAUGUUGUCCAGAGCUGUGUGGAUUAACUCCUAAAAUCACAUUUAUGGUGGGGUCUCAGUGUAAUGUUUGAAUUGUUCCACUGCACCUGAAAUUCAAAAGGCUGACCCAGGCCCCCCUGCACAUUGGCACAACUCAAGGAGGAAAUGUGAAACACAAGUGACACCAUUCCCACAGGGACAGAGAGCUGGGCUGGCACUGCCAGCUGCCUUCUGGGACAGGGCCCGGAGCUGCUGUCCUGGAUGGGAGGUGUGACACUGCAACAGUGCAAUAACCUGGCAGCUCACAGUGGGAAUAAUCCCUUCUUUCCAAAGAAAACCUGGGGGGAGAGAGAGCAGCCACUUCUAAAUCCAGAAACCCUCCAGCUGUUAGAAAGAGAAGGAAGGAAGGACCAUCCACAGGUGGGAAGUUCCCAGGUUUUUAUGCUGUAGCUUUGCACAUGGUUUGCACACAAUCAGAAGCGUCUCUGCUGAGCAGUUUUGUUUUCAGGUAGGAAGGAGCUAAAGAUGAACUGAACUAAAGGUUACACAAAACCAGCUAAACCAGUUCCAUGGCAGUGGGUAAGCAGCAAUGAAUUUUGCCUGUCUGCUGGACUCCAGACCUUAAAUUAGCCUGGCCUUAUCUCACAAGAGAUUUCCUUAGAGAGUUGCUGUUCAUCAGAACCCAAUCUCUGGUGUGGCUCAGCUGUAAAGUCUGGCAGUUUUUCCUGACCUACCAGAACAGUGGGAGAGUGUCCCAAUGAUCAAACAGAUGAUUGUGACAUUUAUGGCAUUAUAAAGAUACUGUUGCUUCAGUUCUUGAUUUCUCCAGUUUCCCCACUGCUGUACGAUAUUUUGCCACCCCUGGGGGUGGCUCCAGCAGCUCUGGCCUUGGAAAGGAGUCUCUCAGUAUCCCUUGAGAGCCAGAGUUUGUGUGUUUGGGCCCUUGGUUCAGGAGCUGUUACUCCCUCCCCAGGGAAGGACCUGACUUUGGUUUGAGGUGGAUAUGGUUUGGUUGGGAUGGGGAGAGCAGGAACUCUGGGAAAACACACAGAGUUCCCAAACGGGCUGAUGGCACAUCUGAGGGAAGUGAAGGGAGAGGUGAGACAUCUGUCUGAUCCAUUUUGUUUCUUCAGAGAUGAAUGUAUGACACGUGAAGCUUUGGUGAGGUGUUACCUCCCAGAGUUCCCCCUGGCAGCAGCAAGUGCUGCAGUGGGCAGGAGGUCACUCAGCCACCCCUUCCCAGGAGGGGAAUGGGGGCCUCUCCGGGGUAGUUUAAGCUGUCUCAACACUUCCACUGUGGAACAAAGUUACUUCAGACAGUUACACUUGGGUUUUUUACCAUUGUUAUGUCUUUGAAAUCUUCAAAUUGUCUUCUUCCACCCUAAUUUAAGGAGAAAGCUGUUUAACUCUUUGUUCUAGGAGUCUCUUACUGUUCUCUUGUCAUUUUUAAAUCACUGUACUUUUACAGAGCUGUGAAAUGAAAUGGAUUUUUAUGGACUUGAUUUUGACAGUGCAUGAUCUUUUAACAAUUUCCAGGUAUCUAGAAAAUGUUAAGAAGAUGAUAAACCACUCUGGUACAUUAAUGAUUCAGAAAGAUAAAUUUAUAAUGAAAUCACUCUGUACAUGUAACUAUUUUAUUUGGCAUUUUUGUAUUUAAAUGGCUGUAUUUAUUUUCAUGUCAUGACAAUUUAUAUAUAACGUGCCAUAAUUGUACAGAUAGCAUGUUUUAUGAGUAUGGUUUCUAAAUGGAAAAUAACUUAAUGUUUAUAUUCAAUAAAAUUAUAGACCGUGUAACACAA